CGAUCUGCAGUGAUCCUUGCCUGUUGUAGGUCGUGAUCGAAAGAUCGAGCUGGCGUGGACUUGCGUCUUGGAGCAAUGACGACAUGGCACGAUGAUGGAUUCAAGUUGGCACGAAAAGAAAUGUAGGUGAAAUUACACAUAAUUCUUAAUCCCGGCCUUGGGGUGAACCAAACCCGUGGAAAGUGUGAAACUGGCGCAAUGAAUUCAACGAAUCUGUUGAGUUGAUGGAACCGCGCCCAACAGGUGUUGGAUAUAUACGGAGUACAGGGUACUUUUCCUAAUGCAUGUACUUGUAUAAACUUCUCUCCGUCAGCAACUCGUCCCUGCGGUACGUCAGGCGAGAGAACGAUAGAACCGCCCUUUGCCAACCCCUAUCUGCCCUUUUGCAGCGAUGCCUACCCUGGACGCCCUCCCGUCUGUCGUCCUGGACCGCAUGUGCGACGACCUCCGGAUCGAUCCAUUUGACCGCCGGCGACCCUGCGGCUUUCGAUCCCCUGGUCGACUUGGUUUGUAGACUGCCAGCCUUAUUAGAUCUAGCAUGGUGUUUACCCAUGCGAGUGCCCCCGGCUUUGGUCCGUAUAUCGCCACCCCAAGGCCGCUUUCGGCUCCAGGUUGAAAUGUUUGAUCUUCGCAGCCUACACGUCCCGAUAGGGCAGCAGCCUCGGGACGAGGACAUGGACGCGGAAGACUAUGCACUUCUCACGGCUCCGCGUCUGCAUCGGAUCGGAUGUCCUGACCUAUGGGAAUUCGAUAUCUACGGCAACUGGAACUAUAACGAGGAGGCCAUUGCGCAAGCACUGGUAUCUCCUCAGGCUAGGUCCCGAGUGGAACAUAUCCUAGUCGAGUACAGGGAACCAGGUGACGCGCUAGGGACACGAGACGCCCUCCAAGCUAGUCGAGCUAGCUGGCCUGGCUUAUUCCUAUUGUCGAGCUCGGACUCGAGGUCUCACGGCGAUAGGUCUUUCCCGGCGUCUAAGAGACCGCUGAAAACCCUGUCACUUGAUAACAACCGCGGAAUGACGUUGCAGAUUCUCGAGCGGUGGGACGAGGUCGUCGACUUGUCCGCUCUACUACACUUAGACCUCGGGCUCGUCAGACCCGAACUGGUACCAACCUUGCGUAAUAUGGCCGGGAUAGGAGCGCUUGCUUCUCUUCAGACCUUGAAGCUCACGCUGGACCUCUUUGAGAACGACGACCCGCGUGGAACCACUAAGGACCUAUGCUCUGUCAUUAAGGCUCUCCGCCCGCUGCGCAGUCUGCACCUUGGACGCACCAACUCACGCGCUAUCUUUGACGCCCUGCUUGGGGCACAUGGACCGCACCUGCGCGAGCUCAGCCUUGAUGAGCCAAUAGUGCUCACCUCGCAGAACGCGCACCGCCUCGCUAAGGUAUGUAGUCGCCUUCGCGAGCUUAACGUGACGAUACGACGAUCAGGCGGCGACGAGAGCGAAGUCGCAUUCUAUAAGGCCCUAGGCCACCUAAGCCGACUCGAAUCAGUCUCUAUUACCUUAGACUGCACCCGACCUGAUAGUGAUAUCACUGGUCUGAUUAAGUCCGGGGAGUUCUCGACCGAUAAGUACGAUCGCGAGACUAGCAUACGACUCGUGCAAGACGCCCUCGUCAACGUCGCUAUAGACGAGGAUCUAGCUCGCUCAAUCUUCCUCGCUAUCGCCCGGACCCAGAAGCGCCGGGCCGAUGAAAUAGGGUUGCGUCAGUUUAUGCUACGGCGCGUUGUCGUGGAAUGUCCGGACUCUAACCUAUUUGACUCGCACUCGGAAUUCUCGACUCUGCUACAAUGGCUCCGUGGCCAUUGGGUCUGCGAAUCAUCGGUCGGUCUUGGGGAUCCCGACUGUAUCUUUAACCCAGGGGGCCAGGCGCGCACGAUAGUGACGGCUCGUGACAAAGGCGCGCAGCGCAAGACGCAGUACGAAGACUGGCUGUUUGCGUACUUGGAUGAGAUCGAUCCGCUGGUGGAAGACGCGUGGCUGCGGCUUUGGCCAUGCGAGCACGGUGAGUGGAAACGGUCAUGGAAGGGUCGGCCUCUCGCCAGCAAUGCUUCCUACAGCUCAGGCCCAUGCGAUUCAUGAGCAUGGAAAAGCGGGAGGCGACAUGUCUAGUAAUGAACCCAUAUAAGGGACCACCCAGCACGUGCGGAUCCUUGAGUGUGACAUGACAGUCAUGGAUGGCCGAUCACUUCUUCAACGCAUGCCCUUUGCAACUAGAUUGUCUAGUUCAAUGUAGCCCCGUUCAGCAGCAUCCGGCCACAGCUGUCGACAGCGCGACAGUCAUGAAGAGGGCUGACCACGACUGGCAAUAUAUUGCUGGCGCUCCACACCCCAAGUUAGAAUGACUAUCGACAGCGGGGCUGCCUUCUUUUCCCCCUAUAACCAAACAUCUAGGUCGA